UGGCCCGCUCGGUGCUCGCCGUGCUGCGCUGCACCCGGGUGCCUGGCUCUGGCUGUGGGUGGCCUCUGCCCCCCACCAGCCACCCCAGCGUAGCGGUGCGCGGUAAAGUCGCUAGCCACCGCGACCUCGCUGGGGAGGGCCUGGCCACCGGUCAAACAGACUCCUUUGAUUGUAGUCACCCCGGGGUUCCUCGGCUGCCCGGGUUUGACCACCAGAAGCAUGGCAACCAGUGCUGUUCCCAGUGACAACCUCCCCACCUAUAAACUGGUAGUGGUGGGAGACGGAGGUGUGGGCAAGAGUGCCCUCACCAUCCAGUUUUUCCAGAAGAUCUUUGUGCCUGACUACGACCCCACCAUUGAAGACUCGUACCUGAAGCAUACGGAGAUUGACAAUCAGUGGGCCAUUUUGGAUGUUCUAGACACAGCUGGGCAGGAGGAGUUCAGCGCCAUGCGGGAACAGUACAUGCGCACUGGGGAUGGCUUCCUCAUCGUGUUCUCCGUCACCGACAAGGCCAGCUUCGAGCACGUGGACCGCUUCCACCAGCUCAUUCUGCGUGUCAAGGACAGGGAGUCAUUUCCAAUGAUCCUCGUGGCCAACAAGGUGGAUUUGAUGCAUCUGAGGAAAAUCACCAGGGAGCAAGGAAAAGAAAUGGCGACCAAACACAAUAUCCCAUAUAUAGAAACCAGUGCCAAGGACCCGCCUCUCAACGUGGACAAAGCCUUCCAUGACCUCGUCAGAGUAAUUAGGCAACAGAUUCCAGAGAAAAGCCAGAAGAAGAAAAAGAAAACAAAAUGGCGAGGAGACCGGGCCACCGGCACUCACAAACUUCAGUGUGUGAUCUUGUGACUGCCUGAGACCCUGGGCAGAGCAACCAUGAACUGCCAGCCCCCGGGACCAGCCCACUGCCUAACUGCACUGAGAACCAUUUCUAACCACAGCCCUUGGCUCUGGGCACAGGAAGAGAGCAAGGGAGGAUGGGCAGGAGCAGACAGGGUCUGGCUUUGCCACCUCUCCCAGGAGACAAGCCACAGCUUCCAAGCCCUUCGUGUGUGUUGAUUAAGCCCAGUUCCCAGCCUCUUGGUGGGUGUGUUGUUUCUUUUAAGUACACAGGGCUGGUUUGCUGUGGAAGUGUUUAUCCACACACAAGGUACCAAACAAGCCAUGAACAAGCUUCCUCCCCGGCCCUGUCCCCGGUGUCUGAGCUCUGAUGUCUUUUUGUAGAUUUUUAAAUUAUUUGAGUAAUGAUUAUUUUAUUAAAGAGGUCUGUGCCCACUGCCUGAUGAAGUCUUCGGCAGACCUCUCAGCUAGCAUCUGGAACAGUGCUCUUGUCUUUUUAACUGAGAGUUCCUAGCAGUGCCAAACUCCAUCCAGGAUGAACAACAGGGAUGGCGGAAGUUAGCUGAGGCCUUGGCGGAAGCCCGAGGUGGAGUUAAACCCAGGAAGCAAACAGACCCCAGAGACUGGAGAGAGGGAGAUGGAUUUAUCUGGAGGACUUCUGGUGUGGUUGAAAAAGCAGAGAUUAGAGAAGAAAAUCCCCUCACUGCUACCCCCCCCCAACCCCCACAGCCACUGAAGUGAGAGCUAGCUGGGACCAUCUCACCCCAGAGGGCAUUUCCUUAUCCCGAAAGCGGGUGAGGCAAGUGGCUGGCUUUGCAAAAGCGUUCAUUUACUUUUUAGGCAGUGGGUAGAUUCUGUGUUC